AUGGGUCGCCGUCCCGCUCGCUGCUACCGCUACUGCAAGAACAAGCCGUUCCCCAAGUCGCGCUACAACCGUGGUGUGCCCGACCCGAAGAUCCGCAUCUUCGACCUCGGCCGCAAGAGGGCGUCGGUUGACGACUUCCCCUUCUGCUGCCACCUCGUUUCCGACGAGUACGAGCAGCUCUCGUCCGAGGCUCUCGAGGCCGCCCGUAUUUGCGCCAACAAGUACAUUGUGAAGAACGCCGGUAAGGAGGCCUUCCACCUCCGUGUCCGCGCCCACCCCUUCCACGUUAUCCGUAUCAACAAGAUGCUUUCGUGCGCCGGUGCCGAUCGUCUGCAGCAGGGUAUGCGUGGCGCUUGGGGCAAGCCUUACGGCAAGGUCGCCCGUGUCAACAUUGGCCAGGUUAUCAUGUCGAUCCGUUGCCGUGACCAGAACAAGGCCAUCAUCAUCGAGGCCCUCCGUCGCGCUCGUUACAAGUUCCCCGGUCGCCAGAAGAUCAUCAUCUCGAAGAAGUGGGGCUUCACCUCGCUUGACCGCCCCGACUACGAGGCCCUCAAGGCCAAGAAGCUCGUCGUCAACGACGGUGCCUACGUCCAGUUCCUCAAGCCCAAGGGCAACCUCGAGGCCAACCUCCGCAUGGCCCAGCGCGCUUAA